AUGGCGAUCGUGCACGGAGGUGACGGGACGGUGCAGUGCGGCGUGGUCGCCGCGCAGGCAGGAGACGCCAUUGGGGACGCGCGGGGCUGGUCGUUCGACUACUACUCUCCUGGUGAAGUACGUACAUCUAAAGAGAAGUACUCAAAUAUAAUAUUAGAAGUUGAUAGUGUGUGCAUUACGGUGAUUGACGAAUUACGAUUCCCGGUCAAUCCAGUCGCUAGUCAAUCCCUCGCACAGCCUUCAUCGUUGUCCGUUAUUAUCCUCCUCAAUCACCUCGCACAGCCGCCGCCGCCGCCGACCCGACCCUCGACCGUGGCGACGACGGCGUCCCUCCUGUCGGUCGCGCCGCCGCUGCCCCAAAUCGUCACACAGCCGCAGCUGCCUAUACUUUUUCUCGCCCCUCCCCUAAUCCAGUUUCCGUCCAAAGCCGCCACCGCAAACAAGGGAUCCCACCGGACCUCUCCGCCGCCGCAAUCAAGUGAUCCCGCCGGACCUCGCCGCCGCCGCCAUCAAGGGAUCCCGCCGGACCUCGUCGCCGCCGCAAUCAAGGGAUCCCGCUGGAUUGCCGCCAGGUUUCUGGCCCGCCGCCAGGAGCCGCAGGAACUGCAUGCCAUCAGGCACGGCGUGCCGAGCCCGCCGAAGCCUCCUCUGCCCCACCGCCCCUGCAGCGCAUCCCUCCGUCGAGCAUCCGGUCAUGCCGAGCAACGCCGCGGACCAGUCCGUAGGCAGGGUUACCAUGUGAAGAAAAAAGAUAUGUGGGAGCUUUUGAAUGGACAAAGGCUUAAGCAAGGAAGAGAAGACAGCUGCAUUUCCUUACUUGCAAUUCUAGUAACUAUCUUUGUUAUAACUUGCAGAGUGUACCUGCAAAAGAAAACUUGUAGAGUGUGAUGGAUUAAUUAGGAUGCUAUGUAAUCAGAGUACGUACCCUAUCAUAUGUAUCAUGACUGAUUGCGACCAGGGUCUGCAUUCUAUGAAGAAGGCACCCAUUUAUAUGUUUAUUAGUGACAUUGUGUUGUGCUUGCUCUA